UCUGCUUUGCAUGGUCUGAGAGAUAAGAGUCCUCAACUUCUGCACAGCAGGCCAGCAAGAUAAGCUGAAGGAGAGGUGGCAACACCAUGUCCCACCCUGUAUAAAGAAAUUGAGCAAACAACUUUGCAAGUGGAUAAUUUUUAAAGAAAGUUGAAGGAAGGAGCCAUCGCCUACCAGAGCAAGCAGGAGGUGAAGACCUUCACGCUACAGGGAACUAGACAUGGGCCAAGGUCUGAGCAUCAAAAAAUGUGAUUUCAAGAUCACAAUGAACAACAAUAACCACCACACAGAAGAAAUCAGCACUGAAAGGCUUAUGGUGAGGCGCGGGCAGCCAUUCACCAUCACUGUGAGCUUCUCAGCUCCAAUACGCAACUACCUGCAGCAGCUGAAGAGGACCCUCCUCAUAGUACAGACAGGAUCACAUCCUUCCAAAGCAGAUGGAACCCAGACUGAGUUUCCCAUCUCCAGCCUGGGAGACCAGAAGCAGUGGAGUGCAGCACUGGAAGAACGGGACCCAUGCUUCUGGACGAUCUCUGUGAACACGCCUGCCAAUGCUCCCAUUGGCCAGUACGCUUUGCUUUUACAUGCGUCCAAGUCUGACUGUCACCUGGGCAACUUCACCCUUCUCUUUAAUCCCUGGUGCCAAGAUGAUGAGGUGUUCUUGGCUAAUGAGGCACAGCGGCAGGAGUACAUUUUAAACCAAGAGGGUGUCAUCUACUUGGGGACUGAAAAUGCAGUCCUAGCACAACCCUGGGACUUCAGUCAGUUUGAGGAGGAUAUUGUUGACAUCUGCUUCACGCUGCUAGAUGUAGGUGAACGCCAUCAACGAGACAAGGAUCACACCCAGCGCAAGAACCCUAUUUACAUCUGCCGCACAGUUGCUGCCAUGCUGAACUGUGAUGAGUUUAGAGGAAUCCUGACAGAAUGUGGGACUGGGCAAUACUAUAAUGGGACACCACCUUCCAAGUGGCUGGGAAGCAGACCCAUCCUCCAGCAGUGGGUUGCAUCGCAAUACAAGCCUGUCCGCUACGGGCAGUGCUGGGUGUUUGCUGCAGUCAUGUGUUCAGUUCUGAGGUGUCUGGGAAUUCCUACCAGGGUGGUCACAGGCUUUACGUGGGCUCACAACACUAACAGCAGCCUGAGUGUGGAUGAGUAUUAUGACGAAGAUGGGACACUGCUUACACAAGACAAGAGUGCCCGUGUCUGGACCUUCCACGUUUGGAACGAAUGCUGGAUGGCACGAGCGGACUUGCUACAAGAGUACAGCGGGUGGCAGGCACUGGAUGCCACCUGCCAGGAAAAAAGCACAGGUCCAUCCUUCUGUGGGCCAGCCCCUGUUCAAGCCAUCAAGAAAGGAGACACAGAAGUUGAUUAUGAUGUCUGCUACUUCUUUGCUGCCCUCAAUGCCAAGUGCCAGGUCUGGAUACAAAAAGCAGAUGACACCCUCAAGCCAGCUCUUGGUAGCACAAAGUACAUUGGCAACAACAUCAGCACCAAGAGCGUGGGCAGUGAACGCUGUGAGGAUAUCACACACAGCUACAAGUAUCCUGAAGGUUCUCUUCAGGGAAAAGAAGUACUUGACAAAGCCUACAGAAAGAUAAAGAAACUUGAGACAACCAGCAGCAGCAGUGAAACACAUUUUAGCUCCAUUCCUACUGCCCUCGAAGAGCCUAACCUCUUCAUCCACCUCCAGUCACAGAGUUCUCCGCUACUGGGACAAGAUGUUCCGCUUUCCAUUGAAAUGUUUAACCACAGUGGUGGAGAAAAAGCUAUUGACCUGAUAGUUGGGGCCCAGUCUCUGCAUUAUAAUGGCAUGCCCAUUACCCAACUUUGGAAGGAAGAGUUUCAUUUUAUCCUCAAAAGCAAUGAAGCUAACAACCUGCAGGUCUCUGUGCCUUACUCACAGUACAGAAAAGAGUUGGGAGAGAACCAUCUGCUUAGGCUGACUGCCAUGCUGAGAGUCGAGGACUCCUUCUACGUACACUUUGCACAGGAAGAGAUCAGCAUUUGUGAUCCUGCUCUCACUAUUGAGUUUCCAGAAAACAUGGUACAGUAUCAGCCAAGCAUAGCAAAGAUCAGCCUCCUGAACCCUCUCACUGAACCCUUGGAGAAGUGUGUGAUAGUGGUGGCAGGGCGAGGGCUCAUUUACAAACAAAGAGAGUACAGGCUGGACUCUGUGCAACCUAAAAGCAUUCGACAGCUGCAAAUCCCAUUCACCCCCACCCAAGCAGGGCCCAGAAGACUCACUGCACAUCUUACCUGCCUUCAACUCCAGAACCUGAAGAGCUACAAAACUAUCGACGUUGCAGCUGCCUGAUGCCCAACUUAGAACAGGUCCUGCAGUCCUGUUUACAAAAGAGUGGUCAUGAUCUGUGCCCUGAUCUUAGGCAAGCAUAGAUGUUAACAGUUUAAUUAAAGUUGUAUUUAAAACCA